AUGGAGUCCGUCAUUCUGGAGGAGGAGGUGGACGAGAAUUAUGAGCCGACGGAAGAAGAAAUUCUCGAGUACGCGCGGUGGCUGGGAAUGGAGCUACCGGGGGAGGAGGAGCUGCUGUGGGUGGCGCGGCAGGGGCUCAAGUCGCCUCUGCCGCCCAACUGGAAGCCCUGUGGCACGGAGGACGGGGAGAUCUACUACUUCAACUUCCAGACGGGCGAGAGCGUGUGGGAGCACCCCUGCGACGACCACUACCGCGCCUCUGCCGCGGAUGCCAGCCUGGCUCGGGCAGGCUCCGUGCCUGCGGUGACGAAUGGUGUGACGGGCCUUCCUGCUGAAACAGAGGAGGAGGAAGAUUCAAUUUGCCUCAUUCUUAUCAUUCUUCUAUCCCCCCUCUCCUUGUGCUCCCUCUUCUUCUUCGCCGUGACAGCCUGGAGCAGCUCUGAUGACGAUGGUGGCGGUGGUGUUGGAGACACAGCUGCUUCUUGUGGGAAUGCUCCUGGUGAUGCAUCUAUUUCUGCUGCUGGCUCUGGGUCAGGGGCAGCUGGUACUGGUAACCCUGUUACUGCUGCUGGUGGUAACCCUAUUGUGGCUCGUGUGGGCGGUGGAGGGGAAGCAGCGGGGGGAAAAGAGGGGAAGGAGAGGCGGAGGUCUUUGGACGGGGCAGGGGAAUGGCGAGGAGGGGAACGAGGAGGAGGGGAGCAAGGAGGAGGGGGAGGGGCCAGUGGGAGCUUCAAAAGGGCUGAUAGUGCUGAUGCUGAUGUUAAGGGAAUGCUUAAAACGGAGGGAUUAGGAGGGAGUGAGAAAUUCAAAAGGGCUGAUAGUGCUGAUGCUAGUGCCAAGGGCUUGCUGAAAGCAGACGGAUCAGGAGGGAGUGAGAAAUUUAAGAGGGCUGAUAGCGCCGAUGCUAGUGCUAAAAGAUUGCUCAAAGCAGACGGAUCAGGAGGGAGUGAGAAAUUCAAGAGGGCUGAUAGCGCUGAUUCAUGUGCUAAGGGCUUGCUUAAAGCCGAAGGAGUGAGAAUAGGAGGGAGCGGUAGCUUUAAGAGGGCUGAUAGCGCCGAUUCUUGUGCUAAGGGCUUGCUUAAAGCCGAGGAUGCGAGUCCUCAAACGGGCGCAGGAGGGAGCGGGAGCUUCAAACGGGCUGAUAGCGCGGAUGCUAAGGGUGUUGUUCGGGUUGAGGUUAAUCGAAAGGGAGGCAGCUGGGAUUUGAAGAAGGAUUGUAACCGGAAGGAUAGUGGUGGGGAUAGUAUGAGGAAGGAUAGUGGUGGGGAUAGUAUGAGGAGGGAUAGUGGUGGGGAUAGUAUGAGGAAGAGCAGUGGGGACCUAGGUAAGGGUACUUUUAGGUGUGAAGAGGCAGGUGGGGAGGAGAGAGAUGAAGGCACAGAGUCUGGUCAGGAAGGGAUGGUGAUUUCAGACAUGGGACAAAGCAAGAGAAGGGCAAAGGGAGUGUAUGGGGAUGGUGGUGAGGCAAAGGGGAAACGUGGGUUUGCGUCAGAGGAAAUGCAGGAGGAAAUGGAGAAGGAAUUGCGGGAGGAAAUGCAGAAGGAAAUGCGGGAGGAAAUGCGGGAGGAUAUUGAGAAAGAGAGGGCGCGACUGUGGGAGGAGAUGCAGGCAGAUGUGAUGAGCCAAUUGGAGCGCAGGAAACAGGAGCUGCUUGCUGACAUGGCAAGGAAAGUUGAUGCUGACGUGGCAGAGGAGUAUGAGAGGAUCAGGCAGCAACGGGAGGAAGAGAUUCGGCAACAGGGCGAGGUUGAAACAGAGGUUAGGGAUUACCGAGCCAAGUUGCUAGCUUCGGUAGAAGAGGAGGCGACUCGUUUGCGGGAAAAUUUGAGGGAGAGCAAGGCUCGGGAAGUGGCUCGGGCCGAGCGUGAGGUCCGGCGGCUGCAGGAGGAGCUGGAGGUUCGGGCGACCCAGGUGCUAGACUCGUUCCGAACCGACCUCCAGGUUCGGUUGGAAGGGGAGAAGCUGAAGCUGAGGAGAGAAGCAGUGAGGGCAUUAGAGAGAUGGAGAGAGGAACUGGAGAUGAAGGUUCAGAGGAAGGUUCAAGGCAUGCGGAUGGAUCUACAGAUGAAGCUGGAGGCGAAAAGGAGGGAGAUGGAGGUGGUAAUGAGGAAGAAAGUGGAGGAAGAGAGAGUGUGGCGAUUGGAACAGCUCAGUCGGGAGCUGAGAGAAGAGGAGAUGGAGUUGAGAAGAGGGUGGAGGGAGAGGAUGGAGAGGGAGAAGCAGCGGGUGCUGGGAGGUGGUGGGUCGAGGCGUUCGUUUGAUCUGACGGGGAAAUCAGCUCUGAUGGGGCUGGGGGGUGAGAGGAACGGGCAAGUCGUGGGGAUGAGAGAGGAGCAGAGGGUGUUAGGGGGUGCUCCCAGGCAUUCGUUUGAUUUGACGGAAAAGUCACCUCUGAUGCUGGGGGGGAUGAGGAACGGGCAAGGUGUGGGGUUGAGAGAGGAGGAGCAGAUGAUGUUUGGAGACAUGAGGAGUCCUAGAAGGAAAGGGGGAGCUUUAGCUGGAAUUGUAGCAGCAGGAGCAGGAGCGGUGACAACACCAACAGACGGCCAACUAACCCGCCAGUCAAACCAGACUGAGCAUACUCAAAGGGUGAAAGCCGGCCGUAGCAGCACAAGCGUGGCAAGUGGGGGUGCGGCUGGGGCCCAGGGAUUGGGGGGAGGGACCAGCGGGGCUGUUGUUGGGGGAGCAACUGGUGCAGGGCCGGGUGGAUUAUCAAGAAUAGCAGCAGCAGGAGCAACUGGUAACCAUCACUUGUAA